ACAGUAUUCGUUUUCUUCGAUCAGAUUAGAUUUUCAAUUUGAUUUUUAAUAUUUUUCUCAUCGAAUUAUUGUUUUUUUGUUUUCUAUUUUUCCUGAUUUAUAUUACUCAAAAGCAUGGAGGAUUUUUUAUUUCUUUUCUUGUUUUUGUAUAUGAUACUGUGGUGUUUCGUGUAAAGUGCGAUCAGUGUUUCUGUUUGUGCAGUUGACCAUGUGGUUAGAGAGUUCUGCUUCAAGUUCAGUUGAAGCAUCCGUUUCGUUUGUUUCGAGUCGUGCUAACGCUUGGCAGAAUUGUUCAGAAUGUGGUGGAAUUUCUAAGGAUGGAUCGGAAUUAUUGAGUGCCUGCAAUAUGUGUGUGAAAUCCGGACCAAAUCUUUUGUCCAAGCGAAGGAAGGUUCACAGAAAUUCUGUUAUUGUAUUUCCGGGUCAGCAAGACACAGGAGAAGUGGUGAAGGGUCCUUUAGAAACUUGGAUUGAGCAUCAAAGUAGUGUUCUUAUUCCUCCUGUUAUCACAAAGGCGUGCGUUUCGGAUUCUGGUGGUGUUGAUCAUUCACAAAGGCUUCGUGAUGAUCCUUGUUUAGAAGUUAAAUGCUCAUUGAAUUCUGGUGUUGAUUCUAAAUAUCAAAUCGUAGGUUCUAAUAAAGAGCUUUGUUCUGAUAAUAUUCCUUCAACGAAGCCAGAGAUGGAGGUGGUAGAUGAGGACCUUUCGAUAAGAGAGAUGUGUUUUUCUUUUCUCAAAAGUUAUCUUUCAAAUUCAGCUGGAGAAGUUUGUUUGGUAAGACGUAGUGCUUGUGCAGAAGAUUUGAGAACUUGUAUAGAAAGGAGUGUUGAGUCUUGUAAGCUGUGUGGCAAUUCAGAUGAUACGCAAAAUAUGUUACUUUGUGAUAAUUGUGAUGAGGCAUUUCAUGCAUCUUGCUGCAAUCCCAAAAUAAAGAUACUGCCAAUUGAUAAUUGGUUUUGCUUUCGUUGUUCAAAAUUUAAUGAUGCAACUUCACAGGAGAAUUCACUGAAAUCCCCAGGCAUUGGUGAUUGGAGAAAUGGAAUAUCUAGAUUUGAAAAGAGCCCAAUAGCUUUAAUGUUGAAAUACCCUGAGCCAUAUAAGUCUCGUGUUAGAAUUGGCCAAGCUUUUCAAGCAGACGUUCCUGACUGGCCUAAUCCAAUUUCCAGUGAUGCUGACAGCAUUGGUGAGCCAUUGCAACUGGAGUCAACCAAGAUUGUUCCUUCAGUUGUGAGGACAAAGUUUCCCAAGUUCAGUAAUUGGCUUCAAUGUCAAGAAAUUCUGUAUAAUGAUACAAGAGAAUGUACAGAAGGAACCGUAUGUGGGAAAUGGCGCAGGUCUUUGAGUUUCAGGGCACCAUUUUCUGCAAUUCAAACUGAUAACUGGGAUUGUUCUUGCGCUGUACUUUGGGACCCAACCUACUCUGACUGUGCUGCCCCUCAGGAGUGUGAUACAGAUGAAGUUUUACGUCAUUUAGCAUUUGUAGAACAGCUGAGAGCUGACAUUGCAGCUAGGAGGAAAAAAAAUUGAAUGGAACUUGUCAAUUUUGAUACCCGGAAUUCAUGUAAGUAUGCAUAAUGGUCAUAUGACAAAAAAAAUUUAGAAAGUUCCUAUGAUGAGUAUGCUAAAUUUAUUUGUCCAGUUUAUCCACACGCACAGCACACGUCUAUAUACAAGUAUACUGUUGGGUACUUAUACCAGAACUAUAUUGUUAUGCAUCUAUAGUGCACAUCUCUAGUUUCCGGCAAAUCACAUUGCCAUCUGGUGCAAUUCCUGCUAUUGUUGUAGUUCAAAAUGUCGCUGUCUUAUUGUAUGUUGUAAAAUUUAAAUUAUAUCACUGCCUAGCUUUGGCAUUCGCCCUUUCAUUUGGGAUGUAAUACUUGUAUUAAAUAUACUUAUGUUAUUUGUAAUUCAAGAAUUUGCUUAUUGUUGCUCA